ACUCCACACAGAAAGACCUGCCCGGACUGGAAAUCCAACCUGGGAAUCGAACCAAUCCGCGCUGGGCUGCCACAUGUAUUUACUACACAAGUGUAAACAUACAUAUUGCAUAAUGUAUAGAGUAAGGGAUUGGGUGGCUCUUGGCAAUUGGCCAAAAAAGAGCCACUUUUCAAUUACAGGGGUCUGUAAAAGGCUAUAGCUUUCUUCUCCUCUUCAUCACCUGUGAAUGCAAGAUGCGUCUGACUCACCCCCUGCUCAUCCUGGUGCUCAGCCUCCCAGCCUGUGAGUACUUUGAGAGUUAUGGAUGAUUGAUCAGCAUCAGAGAAAUUUUGAUUUCAUGGUGGUUUUGCUUCGACUGAGAUGUCUCCAGUUUGUCUCAUAGUGCUGUGUUACAGAGCUGUGUGGCAAUUCAGGGCGAUGUCCCUCUGCACUGUACCUGACACAUGGCUAUUGGAGUACGUUGACUAUGGCUGCUAAUGUGGCGUGGGAGGCUCUGGCACACCUGUUGAUGAGCUUGAUAGACAACCCUGUGAGAGGUUCAUUUGUGAGUGUGAUAGGAAAGCAGCCAUGUGUUUCGCCAAGGCAGAUUAUAAUGAUAUGAUAUAUGAAUGAUAUACCUUCCCAGCGAACACUGAAAGUAGGCCGAGGGACUCAGAGAGAAACACGCAGAAGAGUGUCUUUAUUUGAAAUCAUCAAGUGUCAUUGUAUUCAUAGUUACUGUUACAUUGUCUCCAACAAAUGCCACGCACAUGCGAUUUAUAUGCAAUUUUUAUCCCUUUUUGUGACUCUCAAAAUUAAUAAAUUGAUAU